AGGCGGCGGCGGCGGCGGUGGCGCUGGGAGCUCCUGUCACCGCUGGGGCCGGGCCGGGCCGGGCCGGAGUGCAGGGGACGUGAGGGCGCGAGGGCCGGGACAUGGGGCCCACUAGCCCUGCCGCUCGCGGUCUGGGCCGCCACCCGGGCCCGCCGCCGCUGCCGCUGUUGCUGCCACUAUUGCUGCUGCUUCUGCGCGCGCAGCUCGCCGUCGGGAGCCUGGCCGGUGGGAGCCCCGGCGCGGCCGAGGCUCCAGGGUCGGCCCAGGUGGCUGGACUAUGUGGGCACCUAACUCUUCACCGGGACCUGCGCACCGGCCGCUGGGAACCAGACCAACAGCGCUCACGACGCUGUCUCCGCGAUCCGCAACGGGUGCUGGAAUACUGCAGACAGAUGUACCCGGAGCUGCAGAUUGCACGUGUGGAACAGGCGACACAGGCCAUCCCCAUGGAGCGCUGGUGUGGGGGCUCUCGAGGUGGCCGCUGUGCUCACCCCCACCACCAGGUUGUGCCUUUCCAGUGCCUGCCAGGUGAAUUCGUGAGCGAGGCCCUGCUGGUGCCUGAAGGCUGCCGGUUCUUGCAUCAGGAGCGCAUGGACCAGUGUGAGAGUUCAACUCGGAGGCAUCAGGAGGCGCAGGAGGCCUGCCGUUCCCAGGGCCUCAUCCUGCAUGGCUCGGGCAUGCUUUUGCCCUGUGGCACGGAUCGGUUCCGAGGUGUGGAGUAUGUGUGCUGCCCCCCUCCAGUCACCCCUGAUCCAUCUGGGACAGCAGUUGGUGACCCCUCCACCCGGUCCUGGCCCCUAGGGGGCAGAGUAGAGGGGGGUGAGGACGAGGAAGAAGAGGAAUCCUUCCUACAGCCAGUAGACGAUUACUUCGUGGAGCCCCCACGGGCUGAAGAGGAAGAAGAGGAGGAAAGAGUCCCACCCUCAAGCUCCCAUAGCCCUGCAGGGUUCAGCAAAGUGACCACCACCGCAAGGCCCACAGAUGGUGUGGACGUGUACUUUGGCAUGCCUGGAGAAAUCAGCGAGCAUGAGGGUUUCCUGAGAGCCAAGAUGGACCUGGAGGAACGUAGGAUGCGCCAGAUUAAUGAGGUGAUGCGUGAAUGGGCCAUGGCAGACAACCAGUCCAAGAACCUGCCGAAAGCUGACAGACAGGCCCUGAACGAGCACUUCCAGUCCAUUCUGCAGACCCUGGAGGAGCAGGUGUCUGGUGAGCGACAGCGCCUGGUGGAGACCCAUGCCACCCGAGUCAUCGCCCUUAUCAACGACCAGCGCCGGGCAGCCUUGGAAGGUUUCCUGGCAGCACUGCAGGGAGAUCCGCCUCAGGCAGAGCGCGUCCUGCUGGCCCUGCGGCGUUACCUGCGUGCAGAGCAGAAGGAACGAAGGCACACGCUGAGGCACUACCAGCACGUGGCUGCCGUGGAUCCUGAGAAGGCCCAGCAGAUGCGCUUCCAGGUGCAGACCCACCUUCAAGUAAUUGAGGAAAGGAUGAAUCAGAGCCUGGGGUUGCUGGACCAGAACCCCCGCCUGGCUCAGGAGUUGCGGCCCCAGAUCCAGGAACUUCUCCACUCUGAGCACCUGGGUCCCAAUGAAUUGGAAGCCCCCGCCCCAGGGGGCAGCAGUGAGGACAAGGGUGGGCUGCAGCCUCUGGAUUCCAAGGAUGGAGGGUGUGUCUCCACCCUUUUCCUCCAUGAUGCCCUCCUUUCUUCACUGUUCCACCUGUCUUGCUUUUUCUGGCUGCCAGCAGACACCCCCGUGGCCCUUCCGAAAGGGUCCACAGAACAAGACGCUGCAUCCUCUGGGAAAGAGAAGAUGUCCCCCCUGGAGCAGUAUGAGCGAAAGGUGAAUGUAUCUGUUCCAAGGGGUUUUCCUUUCCACUCAGCGGAGAUUCAGAGAGAUGAGCUGGCACCAGCUGGGACAGGUGUAUCCCGAGAGGCCGUGUCUGGUCUGCUGAUCAUGGGAGCAGGUGGGGGCUCCCUGAUCGUCCUCUCCCUCCUGCUCUUGCGCAGGAAGAAGCCCUAUGGGGCUAUCAGCCAUGGAGUGGUGGAGGUGGACCCUAUGCUGACCCUGGAGGAGCAGCAGCUGCGUGAACUGCAGCGUCAUGGCUAUGAGAACCCCACCUACCGCUUCCUGGAGGAACGACCCUGAACCAGCCCCCUUCACCCCUUUGGCUGAGCCCAGAGCUUCCCUCUUCCUGGAGCCCCAGAACCCCAACUCCCAUCCUGGGGGAGGGGUCUCAAAAUUGUUCAUUUCACACUCUUUGUGAGGGGACUGGAAAUUCUUAUUUCCCCUUUCCAAUUCCAAAUUCCAUCCCCAAGAAAUCCCCAGGUAUUCCCAGCUGCCUCCCUGCUUGGGACCUCCUCACUUUAAUUUAUUUUGUAAGUUAAUUUAUUGUUCCUUAAGGUGACCACCAGCUUGGUCCCAGUGUCUGUUGUUCCCUAGAAUUCACCCUCCCAUGUGAUCCCCACUAACAUCCCAAUAAAAUCCUUUUCCCCA